UUGCGUAUCGGGCAAGGAUGCAUCGACUUUUUUGCUGAGCUGGAGCCAUUUGUAACCGUCACCGAGCAAAACCUGGCAGACCGAGUUCGGUAUAUCUUGCGCUCAAAUACAUUUGAUGUCACCGAACUCGAACGGCUACGACGUGAGGCUGUUCCUUCAUCGGGUGAAAAUGCUGCGGCUGAGGAUGCGGCGCCACAACUUGCCGAGCAAACGGCAAAUGUGGAUGCCGCCGUGAAUACGCCAGUUGUGGUUGAUUCAAACGAUGAUGGAACAGUCGCCCAGGAACUGGAACUAGAGCAAAUGAGGAGUACAUUGGAAGAGGCGAUUGUGGAAACGCGCAGUACGACUCUCGAAAAUCGACCGCGACUUCCCCCGCUUAGCCCUAAGCAAGCGGAAUCGGGCUGUCGUGAGGGCUCUGAACCCAAUGCUGGUUACCUAUUUGGAAGCCAGCCGGGACCUUUGCGAGACGGACUCAAUUCUUUUUGGCGCCGCACUGGCAGUCUGCCGUAUUAUAGGCGCCAAACUUUCCACGGCUGGACGCGCUACUGGACAAAGUAG